ACGAUGAUCAAGCGCCUCCGCACGUCGCUGACCGGCUGGCGCGCGACGGCCGAGGAGCCCCAGGAGGCGGACGAACAGCCGGAGCCGCCGGCGGAGGACCAGACCGAGGAGGACGAUAGUAAUGAUCCGUUCCGCAAGUACGGCAACCGGAGCGUCGCGGUCUGGGACGCGGCGACGUGUACUUCAUCAGUAAUCCGCCAGAAGGGCAAGCACUUUAGGAUCAUGGGCUGCUUCGCGAACGGUGCUGUGAAACUGUUCGCCGAGGAGACCUUGUAUCUGGUCGAGAGGGAAGCUCUGGUGUUGCUACCGUCAGCACCGGUCGAGGAUGAAGACCAUCCGGAACCAAUAACAGCGAGAGAGUGCUACGACCUCUGCUUGAGGAACGAGGACCAAAACGACGGGCAGCGGUGCCCUUUAGCUUGUUACUGGACGUACCAGCAACUCAAAGGUCUAGGGUACGUCGUCUGCCGGCCGCAGCAGUACGCCGCGGCCGACGGAUCGAGGGCCAUCGCCCCCCAGUUCUGGGCGGGCGACGUCGCGCCGGGCGCCCCUCCAGUACCAGUAUGCUUCGAGUGCCACCAGCCGUCCCAGAACUUCGCCAAAUCAAGAUUAGGGGACCCGGCCUUCCGCGUCUUUGUGACGCACGCCGGGGGUGGGCUCCCUUCCGUGACGCAGCUCACGGAUUUGCUCGAGCGGUGCGCCGGCGCGCCGGCCAAGGCCGCCGUCGCCGCGGGCGACGGCACCGUGCUCCUCUUCGACCUGACCGAGGGCGUGCCCACGAUCGCCUAG